ACAGACCUAUUUUCAGCCCCAUCUCAAAUCUGCCUUUUUUCCACCCAAAUCAUUCUACCAAAACAAUACAAUUUUCACCAAAAAAAGCUACUUCAUUUAAAAAAUAACAAGAAAAUUGCAUUAAACUUUAAAACACACAAAAAUGACAAAGUCCCCAUAUUAAUUUCAUACUGUUUCCCCACUGACACUAUCGAUUUCAAGUGUUUUUUGUUUGGAAUUUCUAGCCAAACUUAUUAAAUAAUGGAAACUGAAAGUCCAACCCUGUUGUCAACUGAUGUAAACUUCCAUUUCUUCAGUACUCUAAUUUCAGGUGCUGUAGCUGGAGCCAUAGUUGAUGUUGCUCUAUUUCCAAUAGACACUGUCAAAACACGACUUCAGAGUGAGAAUGGAUUUUGGAGGUCCGGCGGUUUUAAGGGUAUUUAUAAGGGACUUGCUCCAGCAGCAGCAGGAAGUGCUCCAACUGCUGCUUUAUUCUUUUGUACCUACGAAGGUUGUAAGAAAUAUCUUAGCUCAGUAACUGGCCAAACAAAUUCACCAUAUGUUCAUAUGGUGUCUGCUUCGUUUGCCGAAGUGGUUGCAUGUAUAAUUAGAGUACCUGUCGAAAUAGCUAAGCAACGCCGUCAGGCACUUGUCCACAAAGUCGACAAGACUGCUUUACAAAUCCUUUGGACAGCUUAUAAAACUGAAGGAGUACGAAGAGGUCUUUAUCGAGGAUUCGGUACGACAAUUUGUCGUGAAAUACCUUUCUCACUUAUACAAUUUCCAUUGUGGGAGUUUCUUAAAUUGAAUUGGUCCAGUUUCACGGGUCUACCAUUAACACCGGUAUCAGUUGCAAUAUGCGGAGCUAUUGCUGGAGGCAUAUCGGCUGCAGCUACAACACCAUUAGAUGUAGCUAAAACUAGAAUAAUGCUUGCUGAUGAGGCAAGUGGGCGAAAACUUGGAAUGACAAGGGUUUUGAAACUCGUUUACAAAGAAAAAGGUUUUGGAGGGUUGAUUUCGGGAAUAGUACCAAGAGUGAUGUGGAUAACUUUGGGUGGUGCAAUAUUUUUUGGAUUCUAUGAUUUAACAUCGAGAAUUCUUAAAUUCGAAAACACAUAGUUGUGUUGAUUAAAUUUGUUUUUUUUUUUUGUUUAUGCUUCUUGAACCGUAUGUAAAUAUAAACACUCUUUAAUUUUUAUUUAUUGAAGAGAAA